AUGUCAUUUGAAAACUAUGACGUCACGCGGCCUCGAACAUCAAUGGAACAGUGGGACCAACUCGAAGAACCUGAAGUGAUAUCAGCUUCGCGAUACUCCAGAUUUUCCGAGGUGACUUCCAGUGUCUCUCCCGGGGUGAACGCGUCGGUUUAUCCCGUCAUUCCCACGGGAAAUGGCAGUCUCCUGGAGGGCCUCAUCGUGCCAUUGUACGCAGUCAUCUUUUUCCUCUCUGUCAUCGGAAACGCACUGGUGCUUAUCACUCUAGCACGCAACAAAAGGAUGAGAACAGUCACCAACGUCUAUCUCCUAAACUUGGCGGUGUCGGACUUGCUGCUCGGCGUCUUCUGUAUGCCGUUUACGUUAUUGGGGCAAAUGCUGAAGAAUUUCGUCUUCGGCACGACGAUGUGCAAGCUCAUACCGUACUUUCAAGCGGUUUCGGUGUCCGUUGGGGUAUGGACGUUGGUUGCCAUUUCUCUGGAGAGGUAUUUCGCCAUUUGUCGGCCUCUCAAGUCAAGACGGUGGCAAACGCAAUUCCAUGCAUACAAAAUGAUCGCCAUUAUAUGGGCGGCCAGCCUGACGUGGAACGCUCCCAUUCUGGUAGUUUCCACUUUGAAGAGCAUUCGCGGUGGGAGACACAAAUGUCGGGAAGAAUGGCCGAAUGUCGGAAUGGAGAGAGCUUACAAUCUCUUCCUCGACGCAACGUUACUUCUGAUUCCCCUGAUCGUAAUGAUCAUGGCAUAUUCCCUGAUUGCGUCAAAACUUUGGCGAGGUCUCAGACGUGAGAUUCGCCAUAGUUCGUCUUGUCGCCGGAAGGGUAAGUCCGAAGCUACGAAACAGGACAAUGAAAUUCGUCCUGCGUUGCUAACCAGGACGGGAUCCUCGCCAACCGUGAAUUCCUGCGACCGGUCGAACGAGUACAUAUGUGCUCCCUCCAGACAUCGAGGUUCCCUUCGGUGUCCCGAAGGAUACUCCCAGGGUGGGUCCCGAGGAAACGCGAUUAGGGAAUAUCGCAGGGACGCAUCUCGACAACGGGAACCCAAGAACUCCGGAAGAGCUUCCCUGCCCAGGACGGAAACCGUCAAACUCUGGCUCAUGCGAGGAAUGGUGCGUCUACCUCGAGCCGAGGUGUCCAGGGUGUCCUCCGGGCGUCGAGGCUCAUCCUCCCAGAGAUUUCGCAGCCUUGACAGCGAAAAUGGCGCCAGGGAGAGGAUCAUCCCCGAAGACGGCAACGAGGUCGAAUGGGAAGACCAACGCGAGGUCGGGUGCGCCUUUAACAGACACGCCGUGAGAAGUACCUACAUGGACAGGAGCAUAGAGGCCAAGAAGAAGGUCAUCAGGAUGCUCUUCGUCGUGGUCCUGGAGUUCUUCGUCUGCUGGGCCCCUCUCCACGUCAUCAACACCUGGUACCUCUUCGCACCUGAGCUGGUCUACUCCCUGGUGGGUAGCACCGGCAUCAGCCUCGUUCAUCUGCUGGCCUACGUUUCCAGCUGCUGCAAUCCCAUCACGUACUGCUUCAUGAACCGGAAGUUCCGCCAGGCCUUCAUCGGCGUCUUCGACUGCUCGAAUCGGUGCUGUCGAAGCGUGCGGACCGCAUGCGGAAACGAGUUGGUUGCGGUCGGGAAAACGCGGAUCGCCCAUCAGAUGGGAAACAGCGAGGUCAGCGGAAACGAUUCGACGGUUUACCUCGGCAGAGCUUCAUUGGUGGCCAGAUCAGAAGUGGUUCUUCUAGAAGCGGAGGAUCGGGUCUAG